AUGUCGUACGAUUCUCCUGUUACGGCAGGCCUCGAUUUGUUGCGCCACGUUCCUCCGAAGGAUGUUGAAGAGCGUAUGUUUGAUAUCUUCCAGUUAAACCCAGAAUUAACUGAUGAAAUGAUUUCUGCCGUUGAUAUUCCACUUAAAAUUCAGCAGGACAAGGACACCCACCAAGAUUUUAUUAAAUGCGACUACAACCGUGAUGGUGACUCAUAUAGAUCACCAUUCACUAACAAAUACUAUCCACCAAUCAGUGACGGACAAACACCAUCACCAAAACUUCGUAAGCUUGAAGAACUCGCCAACAAGGCUUUCAGUUCCUACCUCAAUUUGUUCUUCAGAUACGGUACACUCUCUGUCUACACUUGGGAUCUUGACGGCACAGCAUUUGGUCUUGGCGUGUUCGUUCGCAAGGAUGCUGAUCCAAAGCAGGAAGGAUUCGAAGGCAACAUUUCUUGCUCCGAUGUUUUCACAAUUACUGAAUCAUCAUCUGGCCAGUACGACUACGAAAUGGUCUCAUCCAUCCUCCUUGAGAUCAAGGUCCAAGGUGACAAGGGAGUUCCAGUCAUUCUUUCAGGUGGUUGCGCAGAUUCAAAGGUCAAGUCCCUUCCAGCAAAGAACGAUAUCGAAAUGCUUGUCAAUGUUGGUACAAUGAUCGAAGAUAACGCUGCUAACUUCAUGGAACAUGUUAAGCAAAUCUACGUCUCAAAGAUGACAGAAAUCUUAAGCUACACAAAGGGAAUUGCCAUUGGCGGACCAGGCAAUACACCACAGGACCAGUUAGCUGCAGCUCUCAAGGCUCACAUGGCAAGUAAUUCUGUUGACCUUCUAGUAUAA